GCAGGGAGGGGGAGGUGAGUGAGUGUUUGUAAUGUUGCUUCCACAGCUUUGUGUCUGAGCGGAAACCUUCACUCCGGUCCGUGUAGAAACAGUAUCCCCUCCUCUCUCAGACAGAGCCGGCGGCAGCGAGUGAGGCUUCCCAGGACAGGCCAGAGUGAAGAAUGAGUUCGGAGGGAAGGAGUGGUUUGGGCAGCAAGCGUGAUGCGGAGAUGGGGAGCCCGUGUUGUGUCGACAGGCAGGAGUUUGGGACCUCUGAGCAUCGUCCCGUCACAGAACCAGCUCUGAAACCGACAACAGAUCACAGCAUCUUGGUGGAGGUUGCUGGAGUUCCCUCUGGGACAAUUGUCCCAUUCAGUUUCCCCGCUCCAGAGAAGGUGUGGAACUCGACAAAGGUGAAGAUGCCCUUCUCCACCUUCAGCAAGCAGACUGUGGCAAUACCUGGACAGCAGCGUGGGGAAGAGGUGGAUCGCUGGGACGUUAUUAGAGAGGCUUUGAACCGGCCACACUUCAACACCGUCAACGAUUUGGAGACUGCGAUCAAACGUUACAACCCAAAGUACUCCAAUGUCUGGAGGUUUGUGGGACUUUGUCGACACGUGGACCAGAUGCAGCCCGCUGACCAGCAGUAUCUCCUGGCGAUCCUGUUGCCACAGGUGGCAAAGUUGGCUCUGCAGGCACCACACCUGUGUCAGAAGCCAGUGCCGCUGCUGACGGUGGGGAUGAGGCACGCCCUGACGAUGUCCCAGGAACAAUGUGCCUGCCUGUUGGCCAACGCCUUCUUCUGCACCUUCCCCCAUCGCAACUCCCCGCUCCAUCGCUCCGAGUUCUCCAAUUACCCCCACCACAUCAACUUCAGCAGGCUGUUUGAGUCGACCUCACCAAGGACGUCUGAAAAGCUGAAGGCCAUUUUCUGCUAUUUCAAAUCGGUGGUGGAGAAUAUGCCCAAGGGUCUGAUUACGUUUCAGAGGUGUGGCCUGAGUCACUCCAUUGACUGGAGGAGGUCUCAGUGUAAAGUGACCCAACUUCGCCUGUCCAAUGUCGGAACCAUCGAGGAUGAGGGAAGAGGCAUGUUGCAGGUGGACUUUGCUGCGCCGUUGGUGGGCGGAGGUGUGUUGGGGCACGGACUGGUGCAGGAGGAGAUUCGUUUCCUCAUCAACCCCGAGCUGAUCGUGGCCCGGCUCUUCACCGAGCGGCUCGCCGACACUGAGUGCCUGCUCGUUACUGGGGCCCAGCGUUACAGCGAAUACACUGGAUACAGCGACACAUUCCACUGGGCCAGAGCGCACCUGGACACCACUCCCAGGGACUCGUGGCUGCGGCGUUGCACAGAUAUCGUGGCCAUGGAUGCUGUGAAGUUUGACAACCCCCUGGACCAGUACAGUCCACACUACCUGGAGCGGGAGCUGGUCAAGGCCUUCUGUGGAUUUUCCUGCCGUGUGAUUGCAGAUCAGUAUUGCAAGGCCAUCGCCACGGGCAACUGGGGCUGUGGAGCUUUCAAAGGGGACGUAAAGCUGAAAGCUCUCAUUCAGAUCAUGGCUGCCGCCCAGGCACACAGGGAUGUGAUGUACUUCACCUUCGGAAGCAAUGACUCCACCAGGGACAUCCGCACAAUGCAUCGAUUCCUGAAAGAAAGAAAUGUGACUGUGGGGCAAGUUUACAGCAUUCUGGAGAAAUACUCAAGUAUGGACUUUACAAGAAGCACACGGCCAGACCUUUACGAGUUCAUGCAGAGACAGCUGAUCAGCCUACGGGGGCGAUACUGAUGUCAGAGGUGGAGCAGAGAGCAAGUCCUCUCGCCCCUGUAGAAGUGAGAAGAUGCGAGUGUGUGGAGAGAGCGGGGAGGGAUCGAUGUCAUCACAGAAACAAAACCAGAAUGAUGGCAAAGUGAAACAGGAAUUUCCAGUUCCACCUGUGGGCUGGAGGAAAGGUGGGCAGUGAGUCUACCUGACAUUGUUCAACUUGGCAUCAGGCUCUGAGAGAUUGUGACAGGUCAAGUUGUAAUAAUUACCUGUUGUUGCUGAAUAUUACACAAGGAAGCACUGGAGCAAUAAAGGGACAAAAGAUUAUUGAUACCUGU